CGACCUCUGACAACUCUUAUCCCCAACAAUAACAACCCCGUGUGGUGGUAGUCUAGCCUACCAUAUUUAUUUAUUUAUUUUAUUUAUUUUAUUUAGUAAUUUGAGCAUACAUACAGAGGUACAAAAAAAUACAGGAACAUGUCACAUUACAAUGAAUGCAGGCAACAGGAGAAGAGACUGUCAAGCACAGUGCAUGUAUUGUGAAGAAGAAAAGUCAAGCAACAAAAUGUAAAAAUCUUAAAGCAUGUACCAUAAAGAAGUAAACAAGCAGUUAUAUAGAAGAAAAGGAAGUUUUAUUUGUACUAUAGUUGAAGUAAUGAGAUAAAGCUGCAUCUUUAAGACAUAGCUUUGAAAGUCUGUGAGUGACAAUGACUCAUUCUCAGAGUGGAAUGUGUGACCUUUGUGGGGAUGAUCACGAAGCAUGCAACUGUCCCAUGUUGUCUCAGUUGGACCUUCUGACUAAGCAAGUAGAAGACAGGGAGUCACAGUUUGCUUUCCAGUCUCUACCAUCAUGGGUGCAAGUGGAGGAUUAUUGCCAGCGGUUACGGCUAGUGGUUGCUAACCACAGUCUACCCAAGUUCACUAAACUGGGCCCCCUCAUAGCUCCACAUACACCUAACCUUGAUCCUGCCACAACUUUCCCGCUCAAGAUAUGUCAUAUGGGAGGUGGCCACACCUAUUUGGACUUAUCAAGAAAAUGGCUAUGCAAUUGGCUCAGUCUCAUUCCACCUGGGUCUCCUUCCAAUAAAAAUCUAAUGGCUUGCCAGAUUGAAGAUUUAAUAUAUUAUGUAGCAUCUAAAGAAAUUGAAGAAGGAUCAGAACUUCGUGUGUGGUAUGCUCCAUUUUACCAGCACAAGGUGAAAGAUGAACUGAAGGCACUUGGCUACAAUCAGAGUUUGGUUGGCACUUCUGUUCUUACACGUAGAGUCCCAUUCAAGCAGUCACAAGCUAAGACCCCAGCUGAAACCUACCUACAUGUUGCUCCCUCGCUAACAAGGAUUAUUGUGGGAAAAGACCAGAUUACCUUCACACACAGUGCUAUACAAGGUGAGAGGGAACAUGACAACAAUUUUAUCAAACAUCCACUGGUUCCAAAUGCUCAUCCUGUGGCAGACAAAUAUUUUUCAGGUGAAAUUGAACUGGAAAAGCAAAUAACAACAACAGUUAGCUCAUCAGGUAAUUAUUUAUGUGAAAAAAAUAUUCAACAGAAGAAAAAGGAUGAGACUGCCAAUGAAGGCAACUUUGAGUUUUGCCCACAAGUUAAUCAAAGCAGUUUAGUACAAAGUAUAGUGUUAGUAAACAACAGAGAUAUUACAAGGGAACCAGAAUGCAUUGUAACAUUCACAAUAACUGCAGCUUCAGAGAACUCUGACUCUAGUCCAUCUCAUAAUGAACACUAUGACAACUUUAGCCUCCAUUCUGAAGGCUGUUUACUUGGUGAUGAUCUUCAUGAAGAUUCUCCAGCAGAAGUUGAUGGAGAUUGCAAGUCUUUUAAAUCAGCCACUCCCAAAAGAAAAUCUUACAAGAUGAGAGUGCCAAAGUCAGAAGUUUGUGUAGCAGAGUCUCAUGUUGUAAAACAGCUUCCUGCACGUGCCCUGGGAGCUCGAGAACCUCGCCCAUGGUGCUGCAAGUACUGUGGAGAGAGUUUCAUCAAACUUGUUCCAUUUGCAAACCAUCUGAAAGCACACCUGUUGUGGGUAGUUGGACGAUCCCAUGUAUGCAAGGAAUGUGGUGGUUCAUUCUCCAGUUCACUGCAGCUUCACCGUCAUCAACAAGCAGCACAUCAACAUUUAGAUUUUCAAGAAGCAUCUGAAGUGGCAUCAGGAAGAAGGAUGGAUAAUAAGGUUAAUAAAGAUGUUAAGGUAGGAAAACUAUUCACGUUUUCCAAGACGAGGUACUUAAUGGUUCGUGAGAUUAAAGGUAACACUGACACCCCUGCUUAUCAAGUAAAGAAAAUUCUGAUUGUGGGAUAUUCUCAGAUAGUGAAGGAGAAGUGUCUCACUGUUAGUCGAUACAUAAGUGUAGAUUCUAUUUGUGGCAUAUCUUUAGAAAAGAGCACUGGUUUAGUAAUAGAGUUGUGGAAGAAACUCCUGAGUAUUGUCAAUGAAAAUACCAAGAGGAUAUCUGCUCUCCCAACUAAGCAUGUGGAAGGUCCACAUGGCUGCCAAAUCUGUUCAAAACAUUUCCAUAAGGCUCAGUACUUAUUACGACAUCUUCGCAAGCACACUGGAGAUUUUACAUGCCAGUUUUGUUUGAAGGUGUUUGCUCGAAAGGAAGGCUUACAGAAGCACACAUGCCCAAAAGGAAGCCAUCAAAAGAGUCUGAAAUGUUCAUUAUGUGGUCGCCUGUUUCUGAAUCCAGAUCUGUUGGAGCAACAUUAUCUCAAGCAUAAGGGGAACAGGAAAUGUACACGUUGCAGCCGCAUGUUUUCCAGUAUUACUACACUGGAGCGGCACAUGAAGACAUGCCCCUCUGUAGAAAUAAGCAAAUAUUUUAAGGUAAUGAAUUUCUAUACAGAAUUAAUUACAGGUCACCGACUUACGAAAAAACAAGUUGUAUGA